AUGUCCUCGCUGGCUUUUGCAUCAGUGGGCGGGCGCUGGGUGGAGUCAUCAGCACACGAGACUCUUCCCGACCCGCUCAACGGCGAGCCUUUCCUCAAGGUUCCCGCGACUACACCGGGUGAAGCACAGGCUUUUGUUGCUAGCCUCGAAUUGUGCUCCAAGAGCGGGCUGCACAACCCAUUCAAGAGCCCCGAGAGAUACCUGGCAUAUGGAAGCGCCACCGCCAAGGCUGCGGCCCUCAUGGCGGUGCCUGAAGUCGAAGAUUUCUUCACGAGGCUCAUCAUGAGGGUGGCACCCAAGAGCUACGCCCAAGCCAACGGGGAGGUGGUCGUGACGCGGCGUUUCCUUGAAAAUUUCUCGGGCGACAACGUGCGCAUGCUGGCGAGGUCAUUCAGCGUCCCCGGCGACCACGUCGGGCAGGCAUCUACCGGUUACCGCUGGCCGUUCGGCCCCGUCGCCAUAGUCAGUCCCUUCAAUUUUCCCCUGGGUGAACAACCAAGUAACGAGGGUACAUCUGUGUACCAGGUUUUGGUGGCUGGACUUGUGGAUAGCGUGGUAAUGGCGUAUCUAUGCAUAGAAAUCCCCGUGCUGCAGCUCAUGGGUGCGCUUUACAUGGGAAACAAGGUCAUCUUCAAGACGGACUCGAAGGUUUCCGUGGUGAUGGAGCAAACCCUCCGGCUGUUCCACCACUGCGGAGCGCCCGUCGAGGAUGUCGACUUCAUCAACUGCGAUGGCCCCGUCAUGCAUGGGGUUCUUACUUCAGCCCAGCCUCGCGUGACUCAGUUUACCGGGAGUUCCAAAGUGGCCGAGAUUCUAGCCGAAGCCCUUGAUGGAAAGGUAAAGGUGGAGGACGCUGGGUUUGACUGGAAGAUCCUGGGCCCUGACGUCCAGGAGGAGGAGUACGUGGCGCACACCUGCGACCAGGACGCCUACGCUUACAGUGGGCAGAAGUGCUCGGCCCAGAGCAUUCUGUUCGUCCACGAGAACUGGAGCAAGUCUGGCAUCCUUGAAACCCUCAAGAGCCUGGCCUCCCGGCGAACCCUCGAAGACCUGACGGUGGGGCCCGUGUUGUCCGUGACAACCGAGACAUGCAUGAAGCACAUCGACAGCCUGCUCAAGAUAAGUGGCGCGAAGGUGUUGUUCGGGGGGAAGCCGCUUUCGUCGGAAAAAGCCAAGAAAAUUCCUGCCCAGUACGGCGCGUGGGACCCCACCGCGGUGUUUGUGCCGCUCAAGGAGAUGCUCAAGUCGCCGGAGAACUUCGCGCUCUGCACCACCGAGAUAUUCGGACCAUUCCAGGUGGUCACCGAGUACGACGACAACGAGCUCGACGCCGUCCUUGAAGCGUGCGAGCGCAUGAACAACCACCUGACCGCCGCGGUGGUGUCGAACGACGUGUCCUUUCAGAGGAGGGUGCUCGAGGCCACCGUCAAUGGCACAACCUACUGCGGGAUCAGGGCGAGGACUACGGGGGCACCGCAAAACCACUGGUUCGGCCCGGCGGGAGAUCCCCGCGCUGCAGGCAUCGGCACCAUCGAGGCUAUCAGAAUGGUCUGGUCUUGCCACAGGGAGGUUAUCAUGGACGAAGGGCCAGUUCCCGAGGGAUGGACAACGCCUGCGAGAACCUAGCCACCUAAAUAUGUCGAGGAAUCUACCGGGGGCCUCAUGGUGAUCAUUGAUUACUAUCCUUACACAUGGGAAACACACCUAAGGUGGUAGAAAGCCCGUAGGGCUGUUUAGAGAAUUGCAUUGGAUCGGUGGGGGAGGGGUCGAGAAGGGAAAUGAGGCAUCGAUGAGGAGAGGAGGAAAAGAUGAAACACAGACAAUCCGCCAAUUGCGGACAAUGAAAUCCGCUUCCGGCAAUUUGAUGAGCCCAGUUUCGUCGGUGGCCCCACGGGCUUGGCCUAUAGUGAACAGUGGCGACAAUGCUUGUAAAAAAUAUGAGCUAUUUUGGAUGCCUGGUCCCCGUCUUGGUCCGCAAGCUAUCCUCCGCCUCCAAAGUCGCCCACGGAACGCAACACGGAGUAUUCACAUGUAAAAAAAUUCGUUUCAUUCUUGUUCAGACCUGGGUUUUGGAUUUCGGGUCAAAGCGACAAUCACUUCUUCAAUGAAAACAACAAGUGGGUCGAAUGCCAACGAUAUUCUCUUUGGAAUCUGUACCCGCAAGUGAGCUUUCGUGACUACUCGUACAUUCUUGUUCUCAUAGUACGGGUUGCUGUCGUGUCGUUGUCGUUGCUUUCGUCGUCGUCGUCGUC